AUGAGUAACCCAACAUUUGUCUUCUCUCUUGGCGCCUGGAUUAUUCCGGCUGUCUUUGAUGCCACCCGCUCCCGUCUUGAUGUCCUCGGAUAUUCAUCUGUGUGCCCCGCGCACCCUUCGAUCGGUGCAGAGCCACCUAAUAAGACACUUUCCGAUGAUGUUACUUCCCUCCGCGAGGUCCUAGUGAAGCUCGCAGAUGAAGGUCAAGACUUGGUUGUUGUGGCUCACUCCUACGGUGGAGUUGUCACUUCAUGUGCCGUCGAAGGAUUGAGCAAGGACGACCGUGCCAAAGAAGGCAAGACAGGUGGUGUCAUUAAGGUAGUAUACCUUGCUGCCUUUGCCAUUGAUAAGGGACAAAGCUUGCUGGGCAUGCUAGGCGGAAACUAUCUGCCUUGGAUGAAGGUUGAGGGUGACUACGUCCUCGCAGAUGGCGCUGGAGAGGUUGGGUGGCAAGAUAUCUCGCUUGAAAAGCAGGAAAAGUGGAACUCGCUGUCCCUCCACACCUCCCGUGCAGUCUUCUCCGGCGAGUCGACAUAUGAGCCUUGGAGAGAUAUCCCCUGUGCCUAUAUUGUGUGCGAGCAAGACAAUGCCCUGCCUCCUCCUUUCCAAGAACUAUUUGCUUCCAAGAUGGGUGGGCCUGAGAAUACCCACCGGCUGCCAAGUUCGCACUCGCCAUUCUUGAGUAUGCCGGAGCGUUUGGCAGAUGUCUUGCAAGCGACCGUGAAGGUAUGA